AGCUACCUCUCUGCCUGCAUUUUUGAGUGGGAUGCAGGGGACCUCUCUCUGUUGCAUCAGGCAAAGAGAGAGCAGCUCAGGCAGGAAGGUGUGCCAGCCAUUACUGAUGCUGCGGUGGAUGCCAGGAUCAGUAAGAGGGAGCUGAGCCAGUACUGCCGCAGGAGGACGCGCGGCGUGGAGGCCACCAUCAGCCUCAUUGGGCGGCUGCUGCAGCAACUGGGCGGGACCAAUGGGAAUGACCUGAUGGGGGUGCCACUGCUGGACCAGGUGCGCAUGGAGCACAUCUGGCGUGUGCAGCAACGCCACGUCAGCUGCAUCCAGGACCUGCCUGGUGUGCAGCUCUACACCGAGACCGGCACCAUCAGGAAGGGAGGUGUGGUCCUCACCAGCUACCGCUGUGCCAGGGGGUCCACAUCCCUGGAGUCCUUCCACUGCCACCUGAACAGGUUCAUUCCAGGAACCAGUGCAAAUGCGCUGAAUUUUCAGCUCUACCUCCUGGAAGGCCUGAACAGGUGGAACCAGGACCGGGGGGCGGCGGCGGUGACAAGCAGGCCAUCGUCUCUGCUCACCUACUCCGGGGAUGUGACCCAGAGCGUCAACACCAACAACAUAAAGGUGUUUGGCCGGGCAUAUGUGCCAAACUUCAGGCCACCCUCCAAAUACACCGGAGAGCUGCUUGGUGUUGACUACCUCCUAAGUCAGACUGGGCAGCCCCUGAAGGUCAACCCUGACGCAGAGGAGACGGAGGACAUGCUGGAGGAUGUGGAGGGGGGUGAGGAAGUGGACGAGGGCAUUGAGGAAGACCAUAUACCUGACCUCAUGGUGCCAGGUCUCCUUGAUAACCCAACACAGCCUAUCUUCUCUCUGGCUGCUCCCUCCUCCGUGGCUGCUGCCUCCUCCCAGCCUGCUGCCUCCUCCCAGCCUGCUCCCUCCUCCCUGGCUGCUGUCUCCUCCCUGGCUGCUCCCUCCUCCCUGGCUGCUGCCUCCUCCAUGGCUGCUGCUGCCUCCUGCAUGGCCGCUCCCAUCCAGCCUGCUGCCUCCUCCCUGGCUGCAGAUGUGUCUGGGGCCGUGGAUGAGUCCGGCAUGCCAGGCAUGGACAGGGUGGACAGGCUGGCAAAAUGCCUCGUGGAGCUGCGCAACCAGCCACUACUAACACUCAGCAACCAGCAGGUGGACAAUAUUGUCGGCCUCUGGCAGGAACUGCUUCCCUACGACCAGCAGCGGGUGGUCUUUGCCGCAAGACACCAGACCAAGCUGGCCACGGGGAGGUUCAGGAGUCCUAAGAAGAGGCAGGAGUUCACGCCGGGGGUGGAGAGCGUAAAGAGGCAUGCCCUCACCACCUCUGCCCCAAUUGCCCAGUGGCCAGACUGUUGCCGGCUCGUGGAGAGCAUCUUCGUUAGGCUCUGUGCCAUCCACCGCGGUCCCAAGAAGAAGGGGACUGGCACAGUGUCUAGGUUUGACCUCGUCCUGGAGGACUACCGCCAGAUCAGGCGGCGUAUUCUGGGUCCGAGGUCAUGCCGAAGACCUCCAUGCAGCUGGUGGACGUGAGCCACACCACCCUGGUCCAGUGGAACAGCAAGAGGGUGCAGAGGCAGGAGACUGCGGUGGUCAUGCAGGGGCUGGACCUGCCCAGUCGACUGUCUGUGGCGGCUGACCCUCUCCCCACAGCCAAAACGCGGGCCGUGUCUGCACCCCCCCAAUCUGGCCCGGCUCACCAGUACCACCUGCCCAGCAGCACCGUGGGCCAAGCGAGGAGAAAGACCACACACACACACACACCCGCAGUCGCCACACACACACACACCCGCAGUCGCCACACACACACCCGCAGUCGCCACACACACACCCGCAGUCGCCACACACACACACACACCCGCCACACCUGUGGCUGUGAGGCCACGUACUCCUCGGCAGCUCUUCCCUGCUCCAGCUCCAGCUCCAAGUUCAUCUCCGAAGCUGAUGCUGCUGGGACCAGUAGGUGCUCAGGUGCCUGUCCUGAUGGCUGCCCCACAGGCCCUGAGCUACAGCCUCAUGCCUCCUCCUCCUCCUCCUCCUCCUCCUGCUCCUCCAGUCCGCAAACUGACCCGCAGGGUACUACACAACACCUGUAAGCAGUGUAAGGAGUUUAGGACGGCAGAGACUGGACACAGCCAGUAUAAAGGAAAGGUGUACUGCCCAAACAUUGAAACUGUCCCAAAAGAACAGUGGCUGGAGGACAUGAAGAAAAA